AUGUCUUUACACGAACAGUUACGGGUGUACAAGAUUGUGAGAUGCUUCAUUUCAUGCGGUUGUAAAGUAACAUUCCAGGUCUUGCUGUACCUGCCACUACGUUUCGUUUCACUCGAUUGGAACGUAACAGAGCAACUGUGCUGGUCACUCCUUGGUCCGGCUCUUGAGAAGCUGCAAGAUGGUGGUCAAUUGGCAUAUCUUCCGCGGCGGGCCAUUGAAUAG